AUGCACUCGAGCGAGAACAGCACACCGAACAGCAGCUCCGACAGUCCGUGCUAUUACAAAACGCAAAUCUCGUCGCCGAGCGAGCCGCACGUCAACGGGCCAUGGUAUCACGGUGAGCUCGACGAGGCGGACGCCACACAAUUGCUGCAAGCCGCCCCAACUGGCACGUUUCUCGUCAGAAAACGCGGACAUUAUCGAUUUUAUUUGUCGUUUGUUGAUAAGGAUAAACGCGUUAAACACUCACCAAUUCGCCAAAUCAACUCGUCCUAUUUUCUCGAUGGCCUCAAAUUCGAGUCGCUUUUGGAGAUUAUUGAGAAUUUCGAGCUCGCCAAAUAUCCGCUGAGACGAAUGGAGAAUGAGAGUUGUGCGGACUAUCUCGAAAUAAAAUACGUUUGCAUUCGAUCAUACGAGCCUGGCGACGUCGAAUACAUGAGCGCCGAUCGCGGCGACAUCGUGUCGGUUUACGAAACCGACGAUGACGACUGGCUGAUGGGACGGAACGAAACGACGGGCGCCGUCGGUUUGAUACCCGUCGAGAAUUUGGAGCCGCUUGUGCUCGAAGUUGAAGAUAUGAACGAGUUGCCAUAUUUCUACGACACAAUUCUCACCGACGCGAUUCAUUUGAAUCCAAUCGGCUCGUUUCUGCUUCGCAAGAGCUCAAAAGGCACCGACACGUACGCGCUUCUCGUCAAGACCCAAUACGAUCUCGUCGAGAAGUUUUUGAUUGUUGGCUCGCCGUCGCGCGGAUUCUCGGUGGCCGGCAGGCAAUUCCCAACGAUCGGGCAUGUUCUCAAUAGAUAUUGCGAUCGUGCGAUUUCGGGAGGCGUUCGACUCACGCAUGCGGUUUGCAUCGAAAAACCGGAAAACGCGAGCAAUGACGAGCUGAUGACGAUGAGUCAACAGUUCGAUGAUAGAAGCAGGAAGCGGGCCGACCGAGAGGAUGCGUACAGCGAGAACGUCGAAAGUGUGACGAACUUGAUGGCAUCGACAAGCGCAAUGAGGAAAUCCCGCGAAGACAAGCAUUGGAAGGAGUGCUACCUGACAUUGUCAGACUUGUCGAUAGGAGCCUCGCAUUUAUCAAUUUUUGACUCGGCGGGUUCGAAACGAAGGCAGUGCAUCGAUUUGUCGUCGAGCACCAUCCUGUGGCUCGAUGAGUCGGUGUUCGCCGCUGAUGGCUGUGUGUACAUCUCGCCGUCGUUUCCCCAUCAGCCGUCGGUGUAUCUAUGCUUUAGGCCGUUUUCAAAUUUUCUGCACUGGAUCAAAAUGUUGAGGCAACGCUCGAUAUUUCAAGACUCGCCGCCGCCGAUCUCGCAACUAUCGAUGUCGUACACCGAGUUCACCACCCAAAUGUCGAUAUUGUUCGUCGACAUUGAGAAGUAUCGUUCCGACGCGCUCAAAUCGGACAAUUUGUAUUCGGUGAACGUGUUGUUGAACGGCACGAAAAUUUGCGCGUCGCCAUCGUUCGCGCCGGCGGCGAAUCGAUCGACGAAUGAGAUGCCGGUGGUUGUGAUCGAUUCGCGAUUCGUGUUGCCAUGUAUUCCUGUGUGCCACAAUGGCCUGCAAUUGUCGAUGCUCGCCCAUUCGCCGACGGGCAAACGCGGUCGUCCGUGCGGCGUCUCGCCGCUCAUCUCGUUGCCCGAAGGCGAGAACUCGGUCGCCAUCAAUCACGUGCCGCAAUCCGACGUUGGCUUCACGUUUCGCGUUCUUCGCCAACGAUUUCCGGUGUUGUCGAUUGAGCGCUACGCGCCAUUAAUCGAUGAGAUGAGAGGCAAUCCGAGCGAGUUGUUCCGUUGGCCGGCGCACGUUCUACCGCAACAGCACAAAUUGUUCCUCUACACGUGCAUAUCGUAUUUGUUCUCGAUCGACUCGUCCAACAUGGCCGGCGUGUUUCGAAAAAUCAUCGCCGACGUGCUGUCGGCGUCGACGCCGGAAGACGUUUUUCGAAAGGACUCGCUAGCGACGGGAAUCGUCACCCAAACCCUUCGACAAUCGUUCAAUACGCCGCUUUACGAGUUUCUCCACGAGAACUCGACGUUUUUGCAGGCGGUGAAGAAUAGCAAUGGCGGUGCCAAUAUGGAAAGUGUUGUCGAGAUUCUCGUUGAUUUUGUCGAUGAGAAGCUUGUCACUUUGCCGGUGGCCUCGAAAGUGUUGGCGAUCGCGGCCGCGUGCGCACAACACCGCUUCGAGUCGGAGCCGCAUUUGGUGAAGCGCACGCUGAGCGCGCUGCUCGUCCUGCGUGUGCUCAAUCCGGUGAUUUUUUCGAGUCUGAGCGGGAGCGUCGGUAGUCAAUUGGCGAAAGCGGUGCAAUCGUGCGCGAAGGCGUCGGCGUCGCUGACGAGCGACGCGAACAUCACGACGGCGGCGUGCACGAUGCGACGAAUGUUUGAUCGUGUGAUCGCGAACGCCGACGACCAGAUGAUUGAGACGAGUGGCCAGUCAGCGGAAGCGCACACCGAAUGGCUUGCUUGCAUCUCGCACCUCAUCGGCUUCUCGCUGACACUGAAGCCGUCGGGAGCGGCGUCGGCGUCGGCAGCUGACGUCGGCGAUCAUCACGUUUCGAUGCCGCUUCCACUAUUCGAGCUCAUCCGGCUUCAUCAAUAG